UGCUGUAGACCAGAGUUUCAGGCGACUGACCAGGGGCGGACUGACCAUUUGGAAACUCGGGCACUGCUCGAGGGCCCGGGGUCAGUAAGAGGCCCCAUGAGAUGCCCCUGGUACCUUUUUCAUAGGCUUUUUUGAGUUUGGGCAAGGACACAGGGGCCCCAUGAUUCCCUAUUGUCCGGGGGCCCCAUGAGUUGUCAGUCUGCCCCUGCGACUGACCUAUACGAUUCCACUGUGAUGGCGCACUUGGCGUCAAAAACGCCACUUUAACCACUUCCCGUCUGGCCCAUAUACAUAAACGGCUGGACAGGAGCAGUGCAGGGUCAGGUUGCCGUUCAU